AGCACCAUAUAGACAGAGCUGAGAAGAAGAAGAAGAAGAAGAAGAAGAAGAAGAGGAAGAAGAAGAAGAAGAAGAAAAAGAAGAAGAAGAGGAAGAAGAAGAAGUGAGUAUAGAGAGGCAGUUAUUAUGGAGACCAUGUUCAGAAUCAUUCAUUCGUCUGUAGACAGAAGAGUAGUCAAACAAUGUGCACUGUACUGAUUCAUAUUACAGUCCACUUGUGUUUUACACUCUGAAUAUAGAGAGAGAGAGAGAGACAGUUCAGUCUCUUGUAAUAUUUGUUGGUAGAUUUGUAGCAAUAGCCAACUCUUGUAACAUUGUAUGAGUCAAAAUUAUACAUUAAAAAAAAUAGACCCUUAUGGUUUUGUGGCCCAGGGUCACAGUUCAUUUGUACUGUUGAAAACAAACAGAAUAAGUGCAGUCUUGUGUAGUUUCAGUAAUUGUCAUGCAAACUGUAGCCACAGUGCACUUCCUGCCAGAGAUGAAACAUUCAGAUGGCACUGGUGCUCAUAAAUACUUCUGAGAGAUGAUGAACUAAUGAACGUGAGAAAGUUCAGGCUUUUAUAGGUUAUCCAUUGGGUGGUGCUUUGAGAAAUGCAUGUAGCUACUGGUUUGCAAAUGUUAUGGUUGACUGGAGCACUAGAGAAGAGAGAGAGAGCGAGAGAGGGAGGGAGGAGACUCCAUCACAGUUUGUGUGUGUGUGUGUGUGCUCUGAACAGCAGCGGAGAUCUGAGGAGUGUGUGGCUCUGCUUCACGCGCACUGGAUCUGAGCGACACGCUGCUGCUCCUCACGAUGUGUUUCUGUGUGAGCUGCUCUUAGGAUCGUCUGUGGAGUUACACAGUCUGACACUGACCACGGACCAGCCAUUCGACAGUGAUGAGGAGUUCCUAGUCCUGAGCUGGAGUCACGCCACGUUCAGAAGAACUUAUUUUCACUCUGUGACUUUAUCAGAGUAAUAAAGCGUCUGCAGCUGAGAUGGAGGCAUCUCUUCAGUAGAAGUGCUCCUGUGCUUGUGUUGCUCUGGGUCCCUCACAUCACCUCGGGCGUGACCUCAGGAGUGAAGCAGGGAUGCUGGACCUCUGCUCUUCUGUGUUUGCUCACUGCUUGAUCUCGUCCUGUCUUCUCUUGUGUCAGGCAGAGCUCCAGAGGUCUUGCUCUCAGCACGGUAUAAACAGAGGAGCAGAGGGCUGCCAGCUGCUGUGCCCCUGCAGCACAUACCCUCCUGUACCUCCUCCUCCUCCACCACCUCCUCCACCUCUGCUGCGAGGACUGACCGCUGCGGCUCCGGAGGCUUCUGCUCCUCUGUCGAGGCCCUGGUGGAUGGAGAUCAUUGUGCUUGGGAUGACAGGAAGUGCUUUGGCUGUCUUUCUUUUGCUAGCAGUCAUUAUCUGCUACAAGGCCAUGAAGAGGAAACCGAAGAAGAUGGAGGUGAAUGGUACAAACUGUGGAGAAGAUGCAAUGAGCUCUUUCAAAAAGACCAACACUGCUGCGGUGUGCACGAGGAGCGUGUGAAACCCAAAGGAAAUAUUUCCAGCUAAUCAUGAAGUCAGUGAAGUCGGAAUAAUGCAAAGCGAUCCAGAGCCCCUCCGGAUGCAAUUAGAAGGGACAGAGCUGCUGUGUUGAUCUGCAUCUGUGACAUUUGCAUGCUAUAAAUCACAAAAACCCAGCUAAUGACAGAUGUCUGACAAAUAGAUUUCAGAUAGUCCUUCAUUUUAUGUUAAAAAGUCAUGUAUUUUUAAACACAUUUUACACAAGGAUUUAUGCAACUUGGACUGGAAAUUUCUGAAAUGUAAUUUCUGAAACUAGGGGUGUGUAAUGCCAGUGCAUGAUUUGAUGCUCAUGAUGCUCACAGGUCAGAUGUUUUCAGUGCAUGACACUCCAGUCAAUCUCCUCAAGGUUAGAACACUAAAGGAGCCACUAAUGUACCUAGUAAAUGAUAGCAAUUGAAGGCAUCUGAACACUGAAAGCACUCGGCUGUGUUGUGAUUACAUGUUAGGUUCGGGUUAAGCAGCAGACAAGUUUGAUGAAUUUGUGGGAGGAUUUAUUAUGAACCUUAAUCCAAGAAGGUCAUAAUUAAGAUAAUUACUGAUGUUGUUGACCUUGCUGGUGUGCCAGACAGUGUGAAGUGGAGAUGUUAGUGGAUUUGGAUUUGUUGUUCUUGUGUAUGUGGAACCUGCCUUUCUCAAAAAAAAAAAAAAAAGUGCCCUAAGAAAUAUGAGAUUUUCUUUUGCACUGUGAAGAGUUCUGAAUAUAUUCUCAGCAGGCAGUCAAAAUACAUUUUGUGUUAUAUAAAUUUUGCAUGAAUGUAAAUACUGAGAACGGAAACCAGCCUUUAAGACUGUUAUUUGCUUGAGGAUGUUUUUUAUAUAGUAGAAACUCAUAUGUUGUCAUACAUUAACAUGUUAACAUACAUUAACAUUAUUGACAUUGUAUCAAUAUACAUUAACAUCUUGUUGCAUUAACAUUAUUGAACACCAUAUCUGAUAAACUUUGUUGUAGAUGUGCAAAGCUGCAUUUACUAAAUCCACUAGCCUGGACAGUUAUGGAGACUUGUUUAAAUAGAGGUUAGGGAGAUGCAUUUUCAAACUCUUUUAAUAUGCACAGGAUACUGAGAAACAGUAAGAUGUGGCACAGUUCUGACCAGUAGUCAUGUUGUAUGUUUCAGAGUCACACAUGUGGCUUUUAACAUGAUUUUGAAAUCAGUCCAGUCACAUGAUGUACAGCUAGAGUACCCAGAUAUCUGCAGUGUCCCCCCAGUUUACUAAAACAUCAGUCAGCUGUGUGUGUAGCUCGUGCCCUGUGCUUCUUAAUAACACAACGUUCUUUCUUUGACAGUCAUUUCAUUUGUCAGUACUUCUAUUCUAGAAUGUCUUUGAGCAAAUCAGCUUGUUGCCAUGACAAUAUGAUGACCUUUCAGAUGACCUUCAGACAGCGAAGCACAGGAGACACAGUUGCAUGUGGAAUUACAUUUAAUGGUUUUGGGUUCCAAUGUUGUGAAAAUUGUGU